AGCUACACCUACCGGUAUUAAUUCUGUACUGUUGAAUUACAGUAGCACGUUGUCAUUGGUAACAUCUUUACAUUGUCUUAUCCACUCUAAGCUGCUCAAGGGUCACAGUAUUGACCUGAUAACGACCUACAUCUGGAUGAGCUUUGACGAACGAGUAGUGCGGGCAUUCAUACUGUCGAAAUAAAGACAUCUCAUGUCUCCGUUGUCUGGAUAUAGACAUACAUUGAUAUAAUAUGAGGCGGACUUUGACGGGUCGGUGAUAGGACACUGCCCUGAGGUACACCCAUCUCCUGCUCGGAUAGAGUGGACCCCACACGUACUUUAAAAUUACGAUCAGAUAAAAACUGAUAUAUAAAUAAAGAUAUCCUAAGCAAACGAUAUCGUUAAUAUGGAGCUGACAAAGAGGGGAUGGAUUUUAACGUUUGUGCUUUCCGGGGGAUUUUUGAUAUUGUAUUUGCCAAAUUUGGUAAACUGGAAAUACUCAAGGAUGAGCCCCCAUGUCCCUGAGGAAGUCCAGCACAUAGAGAGAGAAAUCAGAGGAUCAUCGCUCGAUGGCAUUCACGUAGUAAUGGUUUUCCCACUGAUUGUAUCAGACGUGUGGAACGGACUGGGUUACAACGACAGCUCUCUGGAACUCCGGAAAAGGCGCCAACAAGAGUAUGUGGACUGCUUACGUGCAAACCUAAACAUACGCACUGUGGCCCGGAUUCAUUUGUUUUCGAACCAGCCUGAUUUGCUAAGGAUAAAAGUGGUGACGAAAUACAAAUUAAAUGCCACUAAAAUUCAUAUUCACAAAAGCAAUUUAAAUCCAACGUACCGUGACAUCUUUAAGUAUGUCUCCGACUUCCUGCAAAACAAAUUGGUGUUUAUUCUCAACGCGGAUAAUUUCAUGGGCGAGAGCUUUAACAGUGUGUCCCUAGACUGGUGGGGGAAGUCCGGAAAGAUGAUGUACGCUCUGACUCGUCACAGGUUAAAACCUCGACCAGCGGACUGUCAGAUAUCAGCCGACGGAUAUUGUGAUCCAGAAGGAAGUUACUUGGGUUCUCAUGACGGUUUUAUGUUUUACAUGAAAGGUACCUUUCCAGAGGACUUUUUAUCCGAGCUUUCAUUUUCAAGCCACGCAUAUGGUUCUGAGAAUGUGGUCAUCUGGGCUUUCGAGAGGAAGUUAAAUUUCUCUGUAAAAAACCCUUGUCGUCGACUAGCUGUCUACCAUAAUCACUGCACCGAUGUGCGAGCCACCAUGGAGUAUAGGACUAGAGUAAAUGUUGGUGGGAAAAGUGGAGUCGCGCCUUUCUCCGACUGACGGAAAACAUUUGAUGAAAUGGUGUAUGUUUUGGCAAACCAGGAGAAUCAUUUUCACAUAUGGACUAAAUGAAGUGCUAUAUUUACUGUUAGAAUGCAUAUUUAAACAUUGGGAAAUCGUGGAUGAUUUUGAUUUAUUUUUUUAUAAAUUUCUCUCCAAGUUGCUAAUGUUCUGUGCAUAUAUUAUUCAUUGCAUGUCAUAUUGAAUCAUUUUCACAUAUGGACUAAAUGAAGUGCUAUAUUUACUGUUAGAAUGCAUAUUUAAACA